GUCGCCUUCACCAGGUUGAAUAAUUUACUUGACUAUCAGCUAAACUUUUUCUUAGAUGUUUCUGAAAGUAAAAGUAUUACAAACACCUUUGAUGUCACUUCUUAAGGCCAGUAAGUCCAAACUACAGGUAGUCCGGAGAGUCGUUUCCUUCUUAGGCAGACAGAUCUCACAGGAAGGGUCCGGUUUAUCACCAGAACACAGGGACACGAUCCUACACCACCCUAAACCCAAAACAGUUAAAGACAUGCUUUCUUUCCUUGGGCUUACGGGCUACAGCAGGAAUUAUGUCGCUAACUACACAGGCCUUACGUCAUCCCUUCGGGACCUCGUUCGCGAACAGGGCAUGCGAAAACUGUCUGCACAGCUUAAUUGGACUACGGAAGCUGAGGCUUCGUUUAUAUCCCUCAAACAGCAACUUUCCCAUGCGGCUGAACUUGCGAUCCCCGACUACUCCUCCACCUUCUAUCUUGAUGUUUCUGGUACAUCACACUGUGUCAACGGUGUGCUGUUCCAGAAAAAAGGGGGAGAGAGGAAAAUAUUGAUGUACAUCAGUACGAUGCUCGACAGCAUGGAAAAACGUCACCCAACGUGCACACAACAUGUCGGGGGAAUAGCAAAAAUCAUACAAAAAACGGCACACAUUGUCAUGGACCACCCACUGCACGUUCUAACCACUCACAGCGUCGUGGCAUACGUCAAUUCUGCAACAUUCACGCUCACAGCGCUCAGACAGAGGCGACUAGCGAAAGUACUAGAAGCGCCAAACCUGACAUUCACACAUGAGGGGGUUAACAUGGCAGACCAAAUGGGUACAGGUACACCACAUCUAUGUGCAGACAAGGUUCAGAAAGAGGAAAAAGUCAGACCAGACAUACAGGCAGAAUCAUUUGAGGGAGGAAGAAACUUGUACACAGAUGGGUGUUGUUUCCGACAUGAAAAACAAGGCCUAAUCUCAGCCUAUGCUGUAGUGGCGUAAAAACAGUUGUUGCAGACAAAAAAGGGACCCCAGUCAGCACAGAGAGCAGAAAUAAUUGCUGUAAUCAAAGCGUUGAAAGCAGGAGAGGAACAGGUAAUCAACAUUUACACUGAUUCAUCUUAUGCAAUAGGGGCGGUACACAUAGAAUUGCCACAAUGGCAAAGAACAGGAUACCUUACGGCGUCCAACAAACCCAUUAAGCAUGAGGCAGAGAUGAAAGAACUAGCGGAAGCACUGAUGUUACCACAAAAGGUAGCCGUAAUCAAAUGUAAGGGUCAUGAAAAAACACACUCGCACACGAAAAUAGGAAAUGACGCGGCUGAUGCAGCUGCGAAAAAAGCAGCCGGAUAUGUACAUAAUAUGAUGAUGCUCUGCUCUGACACUGAGACAACCCCAGACACCGAUAGGGAACUUGUACAUGUAAAAACGGAACAGAGUAAAACUUCACCGGAGGAGAAAUCACUAUGGCUGGCCAGAGGCUGCACAAAAACCGACGAUUUGUGGCGAAGUCCGGAUGGCCGGAUUGUGCUACCACCUGGAAUAAAAAACAUAGCACUAACUGAGGCGCACGGAGUGGGACAUGUCGGGGCUGCACAGAUGCAGAGAAACCUCGAAAAUUGGUGGCACCCAUUUUUGAAAGAUAUGUGCAAAUAUCAUGUACAUACUUGCCCUGAAUGCACCAUGUAUAAUGCACGACCAACAGUCAGACCGCAUCCUGGACGUUUCCCUCUCGAGACGAAAACAGGGAAAGAAAUCAUCAUAGAUUACACAGAUAUGGUGAAAUCAGUAAAAGGGUACAGGUAUAUGUGGUUGGUAUGUGUGGAUGCGUAUUCAGGUUGGCCAGAGGUACUCCCUACAAAAAGGGAAGACAGUAAGACAGUGGUGAAGUUUUUGGUAAACCAGUAUAUCCCCAGACAUGGUUUUCCUGAGAAAAUCCGAUCAGAUAAUGGUACACAUUUCAAAAACCAUGAUCUGCAAAAGGUUGAAGAAAUGCUGGGGUUGAAACACAGGUUUGGUUCGGUCUAACACCCACAAUCCCAAGGAAAGGUUGAAAGAAUGAACCAAACACUCAAAUCUAAAUUGGCAAAAAUCUGUGCACAGACCAAAAUGAAUUGGCUAUAUGCGCUACCCCUUGCCCUCAUGUCUGUUCGAAGCUCAAUAAACCAAAGUACGGCCUUUACUCCCUUUGAGCUGACCACAGGCAGGAGGUUUCCAGGGCCCCAGUCCAAGCUUAUUGGAAUCAAAGGUGAUGAUCAGUCAUUAACCCACACGCAGUAUUUCCAUGCUUUACAAACCCUUGUUGCAGAGUAAGCCAAGCAGGUGGGGGAGAGAAACAAGGAAGACACAGCGACUCCACCAAGCACAGAGUGGGUCCUACUGAAGGUGCUCAAGCGAAAGUGGACCGAACCCAGGUGGACGGGUCCAUAUCGAGUGACUGAACGCACCUCGCAUGCUGUUCGGCUGAACGGCAAGGGAGACACGUGGUUCCACUGGAGCCAGUGUGCAGCGGUGGACGCCCCUGCACGCACGUUGAGAGGGACAUGUACCGAGUUACGUGAACAACAACAACGGGAGAAGACCACCAAUCAACAAGGGGCAGAAUAAUCCCCUGGUGGCAUCAGGGUGAGGUAGUCUACCCAAAAUCCCUGUGGGAGGAGGUGAAAUAGCGCUCCUCUCCUACACGUGGUGUGCCAAACCAGCAACCAGAUUCGUCGAGGGACCAAGAAGAUUGUGACAACCAUCGACCUCCUUAUUCUCUGUUGGUUUGGGGUACUCAUGGUCUUUCUUUGGGCCCUGAUACAUCUGUCCAUCACGGGUACAACUCAAGUUCAAGGUGCCACUAAGUAUUAGUACUUAGUCGAAUUUUCAAGUAACUGGUGUACAUUAAUCAAUCUUUACAAACGUGCUAUUGCUAAAGAGUUGUGUGACCGAGA